AUGAGAAGAAGUCUUUUCAUCUUAUUUGGUUUUGUUGUUAUUAUUUAUGCGAAUGAAAUAACUACAAACACAACAAACACAAAAAGAAAUGAAGGAAUUAGAACAUGCAAGGUUGGGAAUAAAAUUAUGGAUGAAUUAAAUUUAAGAGAAUACAAAUAUCGAGAACUUAUUAAUUCAACAAGAAAUAAAAUGCCCAGUUAUCAUAUUGAACAUUUACUAAGAGAAAUAAGAAGAAAGAAAACAGCAAUUGUUUUAUAUUGCAGAAUAGAAGAAGAAAUUAAAGGGUUAAAAGAAAGAAGUGAGAAAAUGAGAAGUGAAGUUUCAAGAUAUCAAAAAUGUAGUAAUAGAGAAGAACAAGAAAGAAUAAAUAAUAUGAAAGAUAGAAUAUUUAGAGAUACAAGGGAAAUUGAAAUACUUUAUGAGAAAAGUAAAGAAAUAAUUAAUAAUAUUAAAGAACCAUCAUUUGUAGAAAGUAUUAUUGAAAGAAGUGAAAAAAGAAUUAAAGAAAUAGAAGAAGAAAGAGAAAAAAACGAAAAAGAAAUAAUAAUGAUUGAAAGUGAUAUUAACAAUCUUGAAAAUGAAAAGAAGAAAAUAAAUAAUAAAAUAAGUAAAAGUGAAGUAGAAGCAGUUAAAGAAUAUUAUCAAGAAGAAAGAAAUGAUAUUAAUAAAGAAAUUGAAAAGAAAAAAAUAAGAAUAAAAGAAAAAAAAAAUAAUAUAAAAGAAGGAAUUAAAACAGAAAAAGAAAUUAAAAGAGAAAGUAAAAAGAAAAUAGAAAAACAAGAAGAAGAAGAAAUUAAAAAUAUAAUGGAAAAGAUUCAUAAUAUUAAGAAAGAACUUAAGAAAGAAAUUAAAAUAAAUAAAGAAAGAACAAAAAAAGAAUAUGAAAUAAUAAAAAGAAAAGGAAAAGAAUUAGAAACAGGACAAAUAAUUGAAGAAAAUCGAGUAAGAGAAAUGAGAAUUAAACAAAUUAAAAGAGAUAUUAUUGAUUUAGAAAGAAGAAGUGAAUAUAUGAAAAAAGAAAGAGAAAUAAUUAGAAAAAAAAGAAUGGAAGAAGCAAUUUCAGAAGUUAAAAAAGAAGAAAGAAAAAGAAAGAAAAACACAAAAGAAAUUAUUGAAGCAAAAGAAGAAUUAAGUAUAAAACAAAAAGAAAGAAUUAAAGAAAUGGAAUUUGAAUAUUUAAAUAUAGAAAAAAGAAUUAAUAUUUUAAAUAGAAGAAAAGAAAUAAUUAAAAGAAGAAAUAAAAAUAUUAAAAGAAAGAAAUGUAAAGGAAUUAAAAAAGAUAAAAUUAAAGAAAUAGAAAAGAAUGAAGAAAGAAUUAAAAAAAUAGAAGAAAAAAUUCAAAAAGAACAAGAAAGAAAUGAAGAAAGAAGAAAAGAAAUUGAAGAAAUGAAAUAUAAAAGAAAAGAAAAUAUUGAAUGGAUUAAAAAAGAACUUCAAAGAAAAAUUAAAAUAAUAAAAGAUAAAAAGAAAAGAAUUCAAAUAUUAGUUAAUAAAAUUAUUAAAAAAACAAAUAGUGGUACUAAAGAAGAAAUUAUAACUGCUACAAAUAAAAUGAAAGAUAUUAAUAAAAGUUUAAAACCAUUAAAUAUUAUUGAAAAAAGUAUUAAACAAAAACUUGAAAGAUAUAAUGAAGAAAUUAUUAAUAAAAGAAUUGAAGAAUUUGAAAAAAUAAUGAUUCAUGAAGCACAACUUAUUAUUCAUAAAAAAGAUUUAAUUAAUAAUAAUUUAAUUAAAUAUAAACGAAAUGCACAAAAUCUUAGUAAAAGAAUAUCUAAAUGUAAAGGAAAAUUAAGUCCUAAAUUUUAUAUGAGAAGAAAUAAAAUUUAUAAUAUGAUUAAGAAAGAAGAAGAAAAACUAAAAUUAAUUGGUGAAGAAGCUAUUAAAAAAGCAAGAAACAUUGAAUUCUAUUUACUUGAAAUGAAUCGUCUUUUCAAAAGAAAAUCAAAAGCUGAUCAUUUGAAAAUUAAAAAUCUUCUUAAGAUGAGAGAUACAAUUGUCUGUCAAAUAUCUCGUAAAUUCUAUGACAACAACAUUAAAUCCCUUACUAAUCAAAUUAAACUUAGACUUCAUAGAAAUAAACACAUUAAUACUAUUCUAAAUAAUCUCAUUAAUGAAUUAAGAAAUCCUAAUGGUAAAUAUUUAUUCUCUAUUCUCAAUAACACAAAUUCUCUUAAUCAAAUUUGUUCCAUUUGUGAAAAUAUCGGAAAUUAUGUCAUUGACAAAAUCGCUAAAGGUACUCCUCAUCUUCUUCUUACUAAAAAUGUCCUCAACUAUUGUCAAUCCUCUCCUAAUGAAAGACUUUGUUUAGAAAGUUUCAUGAAAAUCCAACUCAUCGAUUUAUCUCAUGAUUUACCUGCUUCUGGAAAUCAACUUUGUACUUCAUUAGGUUUCUGUUCUAAAAGCUGGUAA